AUGCUGCCUGGGGACGCACGAGGGAAGAGUAUCUCCAGCAUUGCUGCGGAUACCGAGAAGGAUGUGGUCGAAGAGAAGAUCGUGGCUGUCCAGGAGCGUGAGGCAACACCGUCCGACGUCACGGAGUCAGAUUUCUACGCAUAUCAUGAACGAAACCCCGGGCGUCUUAUUCUCGAUCCAGAAGAAGCGAAGGUCGAAUUUGGCGAGGAGUGUCUGAAAAGGCUCAAGCUCUCAAAGGACGGCUCGAAGAUUCUAUGGCCGCAGCCUACAGACGAUCCGGAGGAUCCACAGAACUGGUCAGAUCGCCGCAAGAGCUUCCAGCUAGUGAUCAUUACCCUUGCUGCCAUUGUUCCGGAUUUCGACUCGGGUAUCGGCAUUGCGUCUCUGUUUCAACUGGCCAAGAAAUUCAACACCACGACUGGUCUAAUCAACGAUGAAACAUCGAAUUGGAGCAUAUUCUUGCUUGGUUGGGGUAGUAUAUUCGCUGUCAUGUUGAUGCGCCGGUAUGGGAGGUUACCGAUCCUGUUUUGGUCGCAGGCAGGUCUUUUCUGCGCAAAUCUCCUAGCCGUGUCCUUCCUGGUCGGAUGCACAUUCGCGCCGAAUCUCAACACGUUUGCAGGCAUACUUACAACUGAACGCUCAUGGGAUGCUGCAGCAAUGCGCUGCUUGACGGCGUUCUUUGGAACCUGUCCUCAGGUGGCGGGAUUAUAUACGGUAACGGACAUGUACCCGUUCCAUCUACAGGCGAGGAAGCUCAACAUUUGGACGAUGGGCUUCAUUGUCUCGCCUUUUAUAUCGCCUUGCGUAUUCGGAUUCCUCGCUGCUCGUGCCAACUGGCGCUGGGCAUAUGGUAUAGGGUCUAUGUACGGAGUGUUUGUAGUAUUCAUGAUCACAUUCUUCAUGGAGGAGACACUAUACGAUCGCUCCUUACCAGACCCUCGGCCGAUCCCUCGACCACGUUCCCGAGUGCUCAAUCGUUUCCAAUCUCUGGUGGGCGUGUCAGGCUGGCGGAUGGCACAAUACCGGCCACGGUGGCGUACAGUUGUAUUCGGCUGUAUCAACCUUAUUUGGCGCCCACACAUCCUGAGCAUCCUGAUCUUCGAGUCUAUCAUUUGGGGAUUCACCGUUGGGAUAAAUACAACAGAAACUGUUCUACUGUCGGAGCCGCGGCCCAAAGGCUAUGGAUUCAGCGAGUACGCGAUUGCUGGCGCAUACGCGACUCCGAUCGUCGCAACGCUACUGGGCGAGCAGAUUGGCCACUACCUCAAUGACUGGAUUAUGGAGUUCUGUGUGCGACGGAACAAGGGAGUCUUCGAGGCCGAAAUGCGUCUGUGGGCUUGCUACUUCGCGGUGGCCCUGUACGUGCUAGGUUUUGGUGUGCUUGGAUCUUCCAUGCAGCGCUUGAAUAUCGCCGGACUUGUCAUCGGCUGGGGCCUUGCACAAUGCGUAGUCGUGUUCAACACCGUAGCAGUCUAUGCGUAUUGCAACGAUUGUUUCCCUGGCAGCCAGGGCGAGAUAUCUGCCCUGGUAAACCUCUGUCGCACUCUUGGUGGAUUUAGCGUAGCGUUCUACCAAGUCCCUUGGGCCACACGAAAUGGCCCUUUGCAGACAUUUGGCGUGGAGGCAGCAGUUGUUGUAGGAUUAUUUUUCCUAAUUGUCCCGGCCCUGCAAUACAAGGGCGCAUAUCUCAGGGUAAGCAACGCACCAUGA